AUGGCUCCAGUCGACAGAAUGAGCCACCAAGAAUUUGAGCAGCAGCUCAAGGACAUCAUCCAGGAUCUCUACCAGGUCAUGGUCCAGGUCACCACCUACGACGCCGCCGGGCGCCCUAGCCGCGACGUCCUCUCCAACGAAGUAAAAACACUCUCGCGCUCCCUUCAGACUCUCCACGCCUCGGCCUCGUCCCCGCACAACACCCUUCCCUCGGUGCCCCCCGAGCUGCUCGAGUACGUCGAAAACGGCCGCAACCCGGACAUUUACACGCGCGAGUUUGUCGAGCUGGUGCGCCGCGGCAACCAGCUCAUGCGCGGCAAGAUGCACGCGUUUGGCGCCUUUCGCGACGUCCUCGCCAGGGACAUGAUCUCGGCCAUGCCCGAGCUGAGAGACGACGUCGCCAAGGUGCUCGAGGCUACGGGCGGUGGGGGCCCGCUGGCCGCCGCCGAGAGGAGGAACGGGGAGGAUAGGACCAGGGCGGCGCCGGAUUCAGGUGCUGCUUCUGUGGGUGGUGGCUGA